CGCCUCUCCGCCUCCAGAGUGACCCUCAGGCCAGGCCGGUGACCCGCGGCCUCUGGUUGCCCCCCAGCUGAGCGUCCUGGGAACUUCCGUCCACCUGUCCCCAGAGGAACUGUCCCAUCCAGCCGCUCCAGGAUGGGCGAGUUCAACGAGAAGAAGGCCACCUGUGGCACCGUCUGCCUCAAGUACCUGCUGUUCACCUUCAACUGCUGCUUCUGGCUGGCCGGCCUGGCUGUCAUGGCGGUGGGCAUCUGGACGCUGGCUCUCAAGAGUGAUUACAUCAGCCUGCUGGCCUCAGGCAUCUACCUGGCCACAGCCUACAUCCUGGUGGUGGCCGGUGUCAUCGUCAUGGUGACCGGCAUCCUGGGCUGCUGCGCCACCUUCAAGGAGCGGCGAAACCUGCUGCGCCUGUACUUCCUCCUGCUGCUGGUCAUCUUCCUGCUGGAGAUCAUUGCCGGCGUCCUGGCCUACGUCUACUACCAGCAGGUGAGGGGCCUGGACGGGCCGUGCAGGGACACAGACACGCUCCGGGGCCUGGGCCCGGGCCACGAGGGUGUGACCAGCGCUGUGGACAAGCUGCAGCAGGAGUUCCACUGCUGUGGCAGCAACAACUCGCAGGACUGGCGCGACAGUGAGUGGAUCCGCUCGGCGUCGGCAGAGGGCCGCGUGGUGCCCGACAGCUGCUGCAAGACUGUGGUGGCCGGCUGCGGGAAGCGGGACCACGCCUCCAACAUCUACAAGGUGGAGGGCGGCUGCAUCACCAGGCUGGAGAGCGUCAUCCAGGAGCACCUGAAUGUCAUCGGGGCCGUGGGGCUCGGCAUUGCCUGCGUGCAGGUCUUUGGCAUGAUCUUCACGUGCUGCCUGUACCGGAGUCUGAAGCUGGAGCACUACUGACCCGCCCGCACGCCGGCGCCCGUGCCCACUACUGAGCUGAGACUACUGGCCAGGGGCGGCCUCCCUGCACUGUGUCCUUGCGCCUCCGCCCCACCCCGUGCCAUCACCGUGACCUCUGGGACCCCAGCCCCAGGGUGGCUUCAAGUGCCUUUUGCCGCACCCCACCCCAGAGGCCCGAGGAAGGGUAUCUGGGCUGGACUGGCUGGGGCCUGGCCCGGUGGGGGCGUUGGGUUUUGACAGCGAAGCCCUGGUCCCCACAGGCUGCCUCCUCUAGGGGGUUGUGAAUCCUUAGAAGGCUCCUCCGGGCUGUGUUUGUCUGGGUGGGGCUCCCUGAACACCUCACACUGUGGCCACUGGCAGCGGGGUGGAACCUUGGGGUCCGUCGGGUGCUGGUGUGUCCCCAGCUGGGGAGUCUGGACCUGUCGUGCCUGUGCCCUGCAGUGUCAACCUGCUGCUGUAGUCCCCACCACUGCACCCCUGCCUGCCAUGCCCCGUCCACCUGUGCGCUGCCUCGGGUGGACACGCUGACCCUGUUCACUGCUAUACCCUAGAUGCCUACAACUGCCCUUGCCGCAUGGCAGGUGCCCAAUAAACGUUUGUGGAGUGGACUGUG